UGCGGGUACAUCGACCAUAUAAGUGGUUUGUUUGUAAUAAAAACGUGUGAGUGGAUGACGCAUACAACGAACCACGAUGUCUUUUGAACGAGGCCCGAUGACUGAUCGUCGCCAUCGCCCAGGACUACUUUUAAUCACAAGAUGACGGGAUUGCAAGUAACGUUUGUUCUGUCUUCAGUCAAACCAUAUUUCGUUCCUUAUUGAUGGUCACAUCUCACGAAUACAGCGAACAUUGGUCACAUCACACUAAUACAGCGAACAUCGUUGCUCACCAUGGAUAAUUCCACAGGGAGGCCACCGUUUGAAUUCAGUGACUUGACCCAAAGAGCCAUUGUUGCCACGCUUAUUUUGAUCAUAUCACUGAUUGGAAUCGCCGGCAACUCGCUGGUCAUCUUGGCUGUGCUGUUGUCCACCAAACUCCGUACGGCCACUAAUGCCUUCGUGGUGAACCUGAGCGUCGCAGACUUCCUGACCUGUCUCGUCAUCCCAUGGGACGCCGUGGCUUUGCUGAGUGAAGACGACGGCAUGCUGGUUGGCGAGUGGGUCUGCAGCGUGGUGGGCGCAACUAUCUUCACCACGGUCGGUUGCAGCAUCUACACGCUAGCCUCGAUCGGCCUGAACCGCUUCCUGCUGAUAACGCGAUCGACAGGCACUUACCGGAAGAUCUACACCCCUCGGAAGAUCGGCGUUUGGCUGUUGGUCAUUUGGCUGGUGCCUCUCCUUACAUGCACUAUUCCACCGCUCCUAAACGUGGGCGCUCUUGGAUUCAACAAGCAGUUCCGCUUCUGUGGGUCUAUUAACACCCACCCUCGCUACAACACGUACAACCUGAUCAUUUCAACCGUCUUAUACCCUAUCCCAUUUGCCGUCAUUAUUGUCAGCUACUCGCUGAUCUGGAUUCACCUGCGCCGUCAGGCCAAGAAGCUGGUUACCUCUCCUCACCAAAGACCCGUCACUCCCCCACCCAGCAGCGUGUCUGCGCUCUCGAGUCAGAAAGACGAAAUCCCAAUGAGCCAGCUCCCAGUGGGAGUAGCUACGACCAACGCCAGUCCGCCUCCGAGAAAAAACCGCCAGACCGAAGUCACCAAGAACAUGCUAUACGUCGUGUGUGGCUUUGGUGUCUGCCUCACCCCCUACUCAAUCAACUUGUUUGUCAAUGGCCACAGCCCACUUAUACCUUACACCACCGUCAUCGUGCUACUCAAUCACUGCAUCAACCCCUUGAUCUAUGCGACGAAGCACCGGGAUUUUAAGAAAGUCUUCGGCUGCAUCGCACGUUGCCAAUGGGUCCUCAUUCCCAAUCCUUCGAAUAUUCUGAAGGCUCUGACGAGGUGACUUGAUUAAGGCUCUGUACAUGUAUAUGAAUUAAGAUAUUCAUAAAAAUCACUCUAAGGUUGUUUCAAAGUCUGUUGUUAUUGCAAAUAAAAUCACAUCACUCGUACUUCAGCAGUCUUUGCGCAUUUGUUUCUGUUCGUGAAUUGAUGUUUUUCUUUCUUUUUUGUAUAUUUUAAAUGGCAAAUAAACUUCCUGAACCCUUCAGUACCUAUGGGUAUUCUAGAUUGGUGGGGUUUUUAUUUCAAGCCGCUUGGUGUUUAAUCGAUGCAGGAAUUUUAUAAUUUGUACACAGACAAAGUCAUCAUAGAUUUUCUCUACAUGACUUAUAGUGAGGGAAUAAAUUUGUGCUUGGCCGGUCUUAAACGUACGUUUAAGCUAGAGCAUUCAAGAGCGGCUUAAGAGCAUUCAUUCUCGUAAGCCGUUCAUUAUCAGCGUUCAUUCUCCUAAGCCGGUGUUAUUUUUGGUUUAAGACCGGCCAAGAACAUAUUUAUUCCCAUUCAUAAAUACCUUUUUAUUCAGUCAAUAUAUUACAUACCAUUUUAUUCUAGAAUUUAUCUUUCAUUUUCCCGAACACCCUGUCCAUUUUAUGGUAUAUUCCACGUGCAAAUUGCCCAGAAAUAUCUCCAUAUAUGGCAUUAGCGCGUGCGUGGCGCGUUCUUUGUGCUGCGUGACACGCAGACUCUUGACCAAUAGGGAUGGAGUAAGCUGUCUCUUAUCCAGGUGGCAGAGCGUUGUUUUACGCAGCGGGCAUUGUCACAUUUCAUUGGGCAUUACGAAAUGUUAAUACACGGUCCAGUUGCACGUUGUUGAAUAGGGAGACUGUCUAAGGUAUUUGCAUGUAUGAAUGAAUUUUAACACGUUGCAGUAUCACUGUUUAAUGCAAUAAAACACAGGCACCGGUUUAAUCAUCUCUUGUUGUUGCUGCUUUUUCCCUUUGGGAUUAGAAAUACUGGUCAUUAGCGCAGUGAAAGCGAACCCAGUUAAAGGUUCUUUGAUGUAAUGAGUUUUGAUCAAGCCUGAGUCAUUACUCUUAAUCAUUAGGGAGCUGGAUCACGAACUAGGCCAAUACACGAGUAGUAAUGAUAUCAAAAAAGUGGCCGUAAAUGUUAUCAUAUUCAAUGUAUACCUGUCAAGGGGCA